UCCGUUUCAGCACAGAACUCGACCAACUGUCGACUACUCCGCAUCUCUCUCUCUCUCGACCUCCGUCUCAACACACGAAGUGAACGUUUUCGAAAGUCUUGCGUUUUCAUCUUAGAAUCUCAAAGGCAAAGUUGUUGAACAAAACAAAACAAAAAUGGUGAAGGCUAUCCAACGUAAAUCAGUGCCCAACACAUCGUCCGUCAUGGAAGGCAAAGUUCGCAAGUCACACGAUCACGAACAAGUUGAAAUUCAAAUGUACCUGAGCAAAUUGCGCGAAUUGGUGCCCAACAUGCCCAAGGAUCGCAAGGUCUCCAAGGUGGAAGUCAUCAACAACGUCAUCGACUACAUUUGCGACCUGCAAACGGCCCUGCUCGAUCAAUUGCAUCAGCAUCCGGCCUCCAUUAACAACAACAGCCUGGCCGUUGUCAACGGCAACAGCUGCGCGCUGCCCAUCGUGAUGGAAACUUCGUCCUCGGCUGAUUGUCCCACCUGUUAGCAAGAAAAGAAUCUCAUUAUUGCGCCUACCUCAUCAUCGUUUUUGGAGAAGCGUCGGAUUCAUCACCUGUGAUAACUACCUCAUCAUCCGAUCGGCUUGUACAUACGCACAUUCUACGAACAACAGCAUAUCUACUAUAUAUUUUUUUGAAUACCCUUCACGCGUUCCUUUUUUGUUUUGUUGAUUCUCAAUGUCUCUGCAAAAGAAUACAGAAAGAAAAAAAUA